AGUGCUAGCUUGUUGCUCGAUGCAGCAGCAGGAGCAGCCUGCAUGGUCACCGUCACAGAGAAACACAGUAGAAAAGAGAGGGGCUAAAACGAGAGAGGAGGACUCACCGCUCCCGGCCUCCGCUCAUGCAUGCGGACACCGGCAGCGGCCUCGGACCGGACGGACGGACAGCAGGACCGCGAAUCACCGGAAACAUGGCGGCGGGAACAACAAGCUGCUCGGAGCCUUAGCGUCCACAAAUCAGAGGCAGAGGCGAGCGGAGGAGCAUCACCUAUACAGAGGCAAUGAGGUGAGCGCUGAAAGCAGCAUCCUGUUUCAAACCAUCAACACGACCAACGCACUAAGACGAGCCAUGGCCUACAAGGUGCUGCGAGGCGGAGCCAAGCCCAUGUACACGGACCCUCAGAAGCUGCCGGGCAUCAUCCCGGGUGACCCUCGCCGUCCGAUCCCCGUCCUGUCCUCGUCCAACCACAGCCACGAAGCCAGGGAUUCGUCGUCGAAGCGGAAACAGCGGGAGCCCCCGGGGUUUUUCAGCCGGCUGCUGCCGCGCCCCUUCACGCGAGCGCUGGAGACCCUGUUCGGGGGCCGGCGGAAGGGCGAGCUGAGCGGCAGAGGCAGCGACGCCGAGUUCUUCGGGCCUAACGGGCUUUUAGGGGAGGUGUGGGACGACGAGAUGUCCAGCAGCAUGCUGGGGACCAGGAUGAAGAAGGUGGUGCAGAACUACCAGGCGAUGAACAAAUACGGAGUCGAGCUGUCGGGCCCCGGCGGCGUCUCUGGCACGCCGAAGCUGAGCGGUCCCGAGCUUCUCUGCCAACUGAAGGACAAAGUAGAGGUCGCGACUUUGACCCCUGACCUCCAGCCCUUCUCCUUGCUGCCCUGGGCCACCCAGCUGCCUCCGCAGCAGCUGACCUCUGACCUCGGACCCUACAAGAGCUGUGCCGUGGUGUCCUCGGCGGGGUCGCUGCGCUACUCUGGGCUGGGCAAAGAGAUCGCUCGCUGUGAGGAUCUGCAGAAGGCUGCUGAAUCCUGCUUCAUCAUCAAAGUCAAAACUCGACUUAGUGGAUGA